GUUCAAAUUUGAAUGUAAUUUUUAGAUACAAUAUCAAACGUUGUAAUGGGCUCGGAAAUCCUCUUUGACGGUAAUAAUAGUAUUCAAGUGAGGACAACUGCCAUUUUCAGGUCACAUAAUGAGCAAGAAGGCGAAGAAAGAGACGGGAACACCGCACAAGGACACGUUUGACCCUGUUCUCGUUGAGGGUAAAACCCCAGAAACUGUGGUUCUUCUGCUGAGCUCCACAGAGGAAGACAUCCUCAUCAAAGCAUGUGAAGCAGUCCAUACAUAUGCAGAAAAAGGAGAUGAGAACAAAGUCUCUCUACUAGGACUUGGGGCACUGAAGCCUCUCUGCCAGCUCAUCACUCACAACAACAAACUGGUCAGAUGUAACGCCUUCAUGGCCUUGGGCGUGAUGGCCUCUAACAAUGAUGUGAAGAAUGUUCUGAAAAAGAUGGAUGCCAUUCCAUCAAUUAUUGACAAACUGUCACUUGAAGAAGAUGUAGUCAUCCAUGAGUUUGCAACGUUGUGCCUGGCUUGUCUGUCAGUGGAUUCAAUCUGUAAGGUCCAGAUCUCACACAAUAAGGGGCUGCCUCCUCUGAUCCAGCUCCUGUCCAGUCCAGACCCAGACGUCCAGAAGAACUCUCUUGAGAUCAUCUACAACUUGGUUCAGAAGGACUACGAAGACCGCCUUAAAGUACAUGAGCUGGGUGGGAUCGCUCCACUUCUUGAACUGUUGAAAUCGGACUUUCCUGUCAUUCAGCAUCUGGUUUUAAAGAUUCUGCAUAAUGUCACAACUGAUAAAGACUCACGGAAAACCUUCAGGGAGGAGCAAGGAUUUGAGAAGCUCAUGGAUAUACUCAGUAACAUGGAAUGGAAUGAUCUUCAUACUGAGGCCUUACAAGCCGUUUCUAACUGUCUGAGUGACAGUGAGAGUUUACAUUUGAUUCAUGAAGUUGGAGGACUGACCAGGCUGAUGGAGUUCAUUCAAACUCCCAACACACCUGAAAUCCAGUCCAGUGCUGUUAAAUGCAUCACCGGGAUUGCUCAGAGCUCUGAGAAUUGCAAGCUGCUUCAUGAACAGAACAUAGAGAAGGUUCUGGUAGAGCUUCUGUCUGCGCCUGAUUUCAGCGUGAGGAUAUCUACUUGCCAAGCUGUGUCUGUCAUGAGCCGCCACCCUGCUAGCAAAGACAGUUUCAAAGACUUGGGUGGCAUCCGUGCAGUUGUACAGUUGCUGAAGAAUGAGAAUUUGAGUCUAAGACAGGCUGCAACCCAGGCCCUCUCCAGCCUUACAGAUAACAGCCAGGUCAAUGCAUUUGCAGUGUACGAGGCAGGGGGCCUUGAGCUCCUUGUCCAGCAGCUCUGUGGAAGCUGUCCCAGGAUGGUGGCCAACUCUGCAGCCACACUUGGCAACAUGGCAGAACAAGAGGUCAUCCGUUGCAGCAUUUUGUCACGGGGCACCAUACAGGCACUGGUGGAGCCACUGAAGUCGACAAAUACGCAGGUCCUGAUUAGCACAGUGCACUGCCUGGCAAGGUUGGCUUCUGACACAGAGGCAAGAGCACAGCUACAAAGUGCUGGAGGCCUUCAGCCACUCGUCAGUUUGCUGCGCUCCUAUCACAAGGAAGUAUUACAUAAGACAUGCAUGGUCAUCAAUAUGUGUGUCAGCGAUAAGGCCACAGCUGUGGAGAUGUGCAAACUGGGAGCCUUGGAGAGGCUUCAGGAAAUCAACCAAUCAGUGAAUCGAAGGUGCAAUCUCAGCGAGUUAGCCAUGAUCAGCCUGCUGAACUCCAACUUGUCUGUUAAAUACAGCCUGACAGGACAUCUGGCAUCCACUGACAUUAUUACUGAUGGCUUUUAUGAUAAUGGGAAGGCUUCUGCAGGUCAGAGGAUUCUCACUUUAGAGGAGCUGUCCAUGCAGCCUAUCACCCAGCACCACCCAUCUAUUGCUGUCAACACAACAGAAACAGAAGAGGAUGUAUCAGAAGAGAGGCAGAGUAAUACGUCAGAAAGAGACACCAACAGCAAGACAGACUACAGGACACCUAGGAAGAAGAAAGCAGAUGACAGACAGAAAGAGGAUGGUGGGCAGAAAGAGGAGACCCAGCCCCAGACUCCUGCAGAGAAACCAUGGAAAAUGAUGGAUGACGAAUCGUUACAGAUUCUAAUUAAAAAGGCUAAAGAAUCCAUCCUCCCUUUAAAUAAUGAACGAGAGCAAUAUGCUGCUUUGGCCAGGUUAGUCAGCACAGCCAUGGGAGGAGAAGUCAAAAUGGAAAACUUGCAUGAAUUCUCAUGGGUGCUGCACAUCAGCAAGCUGAAGUUUAAACUCCAGUCUAAUGUUGUCCCCAUUGGUCUCAUCAAAAAGGGAUUCUAUCGCCAUAGAGCACUACUCUUCAAGUGUCUUGCUGAUUGCAUUGGACUGAGCUGCACACUCGUUCGGGGUGAGUACAACCGGGCUUGGAACGAGGUCCUUCUCUUUGAUGGGAGUCUGUCCAGCAACAGAUGCUCUUCACAGCCCAGCCGCUACAUCGUAGACCUCAUCCACCAGCCUGGAAAUCUGUUAAAGGCCAACAGCCCUGCUGCUGAGCAAUACCAGACUAUAUAGACCAACAGUGCAGUGCAAAAAUACUGUAGUCCAUACUGCUAAGAGCAGGUAUUUCACUGAGCUGUAUUAUAGAUCAUAUACUAAUGUGUAUUUCCUUUAUGGCAGAUUAAUAAAGCUCCUGUGAGGAAUUGUUUUGGUCAAUUUUAGCACCACUGUGGACAAAGCAGUAAAUUGUAUCUACCUGUUAAUCUUAAUAUGUGUAGGUAGAGUUUAUUCUUUUUCUCAGUCAACUAUAUCACUCAUUUUGAAAAUUUGCAGAUUAAAAUUUAAGAUGCUUUUUCUUGAGCGUACUGUAAAUAAUCUUGUCUAACACCUACUCUUGGAAUUACAGGUGUAUAAAACUACCAUAUUAAACUCUUGUUUUGUAAUUUUAGUCUGAUCCAUAACUGGCCAAAAACUCCUCAGAUGAACUUUAAAUAAUCAGUUAAUAUUUCAGUGUAUAUCUUUGCCAUAUUGAAAUACUCUUCAUCAGUUCAGUCCUUUUCAGUGUCAUCAUGCUGAAUUUGCUCCUUGUUUUUAUUUUAUUUUUCAUAAAUUUUGAGGAUAAGAGGAACCAUUUGGCUGUUGGAUAUACUUUAAAUAAUAUUUGCAAAUGAACCAGAAAAAAUAUGAAGCUUUAUCAUUUCCUAGUGCUAAUUAAUGUUUUUAUGAAAAAAAUUAACAUGAAAUAUGUCAACUGCUUUUCCCAAGAUGAUUUUGGUGGGGGACAGAAUAUACUUUAUUAAGUAUACUAAAUUAUUUAAUUGAUCUUU